GGAGGCUCAUUUUGCGUGAAUUUGUUGUUGAGUAUCCAUUUCCAUGGUGCUUUUCAGUAGUUAAAAAGACUUGUAUUUGUUCAGUUGGAGUAUUUUGCUAAAAGAGAUAUCCUGUUAAUUAAAGUGAUUCAAACUGAAGGUGUUCCCGGGUAAAAUGGCUGGAAUAAUUGGGGGAGGAAGUGAUGGAUUGCUCAAAUCCAUGGAUGCCAAUCGGUAUGCAACAAAGAAGACAAUUGCCCAAGGAAUGCUGGAUAUUGCAUUGCUCACGGCAAAUGCAUCCCAGCUGAAGUACAUCCUCCAAGUUGGUGAGAAACACGAAUUCUACACUCUCAUGCUCACCCUUAUAUCCAUCUCAAUUUGUCUGCAGGUAUCCGCAGCGGUUAUAGCUGUUGUAUUAUUAACAAUAUUUCGUAAUGGUGAAUGUCAUCAAAAAUUCGCUGCAGUUCUUAAUCAAUUAUCACUGGGCUUUGUUCUUGGUGCCAUGUUCUGUGAUGUUGUUAAGAUGAACUUUGGUCUUGAUCCUGCCAUUCCCAUUCCUCCCAAUGAUAAUCCUUCCUCAAUUUCUCAUUAAAAAUUUACCUAUUUUUAUAUAUUCUUUUAAAAGCACUUCCUCUUCCCCAUUUACCCCAUUUAUAGAUUGCACAAUGUUUGGUUGCUAUUUUCCUUGGUUCAAUCAACAUCAACAAAGAGACGCACCACAAGAGAGCUAAUUUAGCCCAAAAUAUUGUUCUCGGACUCAAUGCUAUAACAGUUUGCGCCAAUAUUAUGAUCAAUUCAUUGGAGGUGAAAACAAUGUCAGAUCCAGAUUUAAUAACCGAAAAAAAUUAAUAAAAAAAGACCAGUUUGAUAUUCGUAUUGAAUAACAUGUUCACAAGAAAUUAUUUAUUUAAGAGGAAAUUGAUCUAAAUUGUAAUUAAAUGUGAAAUAAAGUUUUAUAAGAAUUUGGCUAAUUUAGGAAAUAAGGCGUCACAGCCAGUGUUUAUUUAUUUAUUAUUAUUUUUUU